AUGACGUCAUUGCUCGAGAAGGCUAUGCCGAAAGAAUGUACCAGAAAUGGACAUAAGUAUAAGGAAGGAGAGACGUUCCAAGAUGGAAAGCUCAGAUACAAAUGUCAGAAAUAUGGAGUCUAUUCGAUUGAAGGAUGUAUUACAUCAAAUGGACAUCAACUGGGUAGAGAUGAGAGCAAGCUGGAAAACAAUGUAUUGUAUCAAUGUUUAACUGCUGGAAACUCAAUUUUCUAUAAGGAAACGUCCUGUGGAGGCGAAGGAAUGAUCAGUUGUGACAAAGUGCCAAAACCCAAAGGUUACGAGGAGAACUUAAGAAAAAUAGUUGAAAAUGGCUUCGCCCAAGAGAAGGAAAAGAGUCAUGUUCUACAAAAUCCUAAAGGAUGGAGAGUUGUAGAAGAGGGAUCGAAAAAACUCCCAGGCCACAAUGGAACAAUGAUCUUCAGAACUUUGAUGUUCGAUGGCAUUCAAAGUCGCGUGCGACGAGACUCCAAUGAUAACUUGGAUUUGAGUAAAAUGCAUCUGGGUAAAGGUGUUGGUCGAGUGAUUGGUAUGGAAGAAGUCGGAAAUGAUAAACCUCAAAUGCCGGCGGAUUUAUUCGACGAACUCACGCGUAAAAAUAACCAUCACCAGGAAGCUUCGAAGACGCAUUCAAAUGCACAAUUCCCGUGUCCAUGUCCACAACAUCCCAAAAGCGUUUCGGGAAGUAAAGUUGUAUCGACUCAAACAGUCGGUGUGCAUGUCCCCACCUCAACCAUGCAGAAAGGUAAUGUUGUGACUGGAACAGAAGACUUGAAGGCUCGAACACAAACACAAAGUGCUGGUGGAUCCUUUAAACCGGGAUCAACAUCUGGAUUUAAAACCAACUUAAAGUGGAAUGGAAAAACGAUAGAAAGAGGUACGGCAGGACUGGAAAUAUUUCGCGAAGGAGGUAUAGACGGUGACGGUGAAUCGAAUAUUCAUCUCAGUCGGUUCCGCAUCUCUGAAAGCAUGGGGGAUAUCGUUGCUGAUGCCUUGGAGCAGCUCACUGCCGAGCAAAUUGAACAGUUCCGUAAGUAUUUCAAUAUGUUUGAUAAGGAACAGAAAGGAUUCAUAAGAGCAACUCAGGUUGGACAAAUCUUGCGUACAAUGGGACAGGCUUUCGAAGAACGUGAUUUGAAGCAACUCAUCAAAGAGUUCGAUACUGAUGGUUCUGGAGAAAUUGAGUUCGAAGAAUUCGCUGCUAUGGUUGCCAAUUUUGUUGUUGCUGGUGAAGAUAAUGAAGGAUUGGAAGAAGAAUUGAGAGAAGCCUUCCGCCUCUAUGAUAAAGAGGGUAACGGAUACAUUAAUGUAUCGGAUCUUCGUGACAUUCUUAGAGCUCUGGAUGACAAUGUCAGUGAAGAUGAAUUGGAUGAAAUGAUUGCUGAAAUUGAUCAGGAUGGUUCAGGAACUGUUGAUUUCGAUGAAUUCAUGGAGAUGAUGUCUGGAGAAUAA